AAAUAUAUUGUCUUUCUUUUUGUUAGAUGUCGUUAGUUACAAACUUUACUAUUCGUAAGUUAAUCGUCAAUGCAUUUAGAUAAAAACUACACACACAUACACAUAUAACAUUCUUUGUUUCCUUCUAAAUGGUUCAUCAAGCAUGGCUGCUAGUCAUGAGAAGAAAAAAAAAAUAGAAUUUCUAUCUAUAUGUACAUAGUUUAUUGUUUGUGAUUAUAAUAGUAAAUGUGCGUUUUUUUUAUUAUUCCUCUAGAUCUUGUCAUUUUUUAACGUCACAAACACAUAAAUAUCUAAAAAAGUGUCUGUGACGAUGAGUAACGAGAGCCAUCCUUCUCCAACAGGCUCUUCGUCUUCAUCUUUAUUCGGUAAGAUGUUUUGUUUAUUUAUUUAUUUUAUAGCUAAUAAAAAAAAAAAAUUUAUGCACAAUGCCUGCUUUUUUUCCGUUCAUCUAUUGUUAAUUUUUUUCAAAAAAAAAGAAUGAAAAUUGCAUCGUUAUAAUUCUAUUUUCCUUCUUCUUCUAUCUGUAAAUAGGCGGUGGUGGUGGUGGUGGUGGUGGUAGUGGUAGUAAUACUACCGGUGUUAGUGGACCUUCGCCCUACCCUUCGCCAUCAAAGCCCACAUGGGCUCAAAUUCUCAAUUCAAAUCCAAAUACACCGUCCAAUACGUCUACAACUUCAUCAUUAACAACAACAACAACAACUACAGCUGCAGUAGCAAAUACUGCAUCUACAGCAGGGAAUAACAAUAGUGGUGGAGGUGCUGUUGGCAAUUCACCAUCAUCUUCAUCACCAUCUUCUCAACAUUCAGCAACAACUUCAGCAGUAGGAGGUACACAACCAUCAGGGGCAACAGGUAUAUCAUCGACGACCAAAAGCAUUUCACCCUCUCAAGUAACACCUUUAAUCAGCGGUGCAUUUAAUUUUCCAGGAUCACGUGCUGGUUUCAUGUCAAAUUUUUAUGAUCAACAACAACAACAACAAUCUCAAAUGAAUUGGCCUUUAAAUUUCAAUCAAACAUCAUCAUGGAUGAUUGAUGACGAUGCACAACGACAUUCAAAUCUAGCUGGAACUUCUUCACAACAAUCACAUGAUUCUAAUCACAAUAUACCAAGUGGUGGGGAUGGCUUUGAUCGACUUGAAUCAUCCAGUCCAACAUCUGAUUGGGCUAAGCCGGUGAACACAAAUAAUUCAAGUACUAAUGGUUGGUCAAAUUUUCAACAACAACAAACACAAAAUAAUAAUAAUAAUCCGUCCAGAUCAAAUGCAGCUGGAAAUAGCAAUCCACCAAGCAAUCAAUGGCCGGAAAUAAAUACAUUUUACGGAACUAAUUCAACGACUAGUGUACCAUUUAAUUUACCUCAAAAUAAUAGUGAUAAUGUGAUUAAUAAUAGUGCAUCAUCCACAUGGCAAGAUCCAUCGUCAUCAGGUAAUGCUAAUGAUACGCUUACAUUGUCAACAAGUAGUAACAAUGGUUCAGUAAUCAAUAAACAUAAAUCUUCUUCAUCGUCAUCAUCAGUAAUGGCUGCUUCACUCACUGGUGCGCUUAAAUCAGCAAUUGCUCUUGGUGGUGCAAAUGUUGACCAUUUAAGUGGAAAUGGUGAUGCAGCAGUGUCCUAUACGCCACAACCUAAACUUGUCGAACAAUUAGGUUGGGAUGAACCUGAUAUAAAAGUAGCUAAACGUGCAAAUUUUGAUGAUGGCACAUCUGUUUGGGCUUUAACAAAUUCGACGAAUACUAUUUCACAACAACAACCAUCUAUUGUUCAAAAACCUGUUUCAUCAAAUGUUCAAAAUUCUGUUUCAACACCAUCAGCAACACAAAUGACACUCAAUGAUGAAAAUUGGCCAAAACAACAAUCACCGACGUUAGUACAACAACAACCAACGUCACAAUGGAAUGAUCCAUCUACAUUAACUGAUCAAAGAACAUCAUCACCAACACCACCUCAACAACAACAGCAACAACAACAACCACCAAAUUAUCGUACACAACAAUCAGCACCACCACAACAUUGGAAUUCUCAUCCUCAACAACAAUCAAUGCAUCAUGGUGAUGAUUGGUUUCGUGAUGGAAUGGUUGAUACAAGUGAUUGGGGUUUACAGGGUUCACAAAAUAAAGUUCCAUUUGAUCCAUAUGAAGGUCAAGUUGAUACAAGUAGUUGGGGAGUACAAGGAGGACCUGGCGGUGGUGGUGGUGGUGGCGGCGGUGGUAUGGGUGGAUCAUUACAAAUGUCAUCAAUGAAUCGAAAUCGAUUUAUGAAUGAUUAUGAUCUCAGUGAAGGUCCACAUGAUCCUCAUGGUAUACAUCGUAUGGGUGGUUUUGAAAAUCCAUCGAUGGGUGGUGAUCAAUAUCGACAAAAUUCUGAUCUCAAAAAUCCUAUCAUUGGUCUCGGUGGUUUAUUACCACCAUCAGCUAAUCAACAACCACCACAUCAUAUGUUACCACCAUCUCAACUUCCAUUUGCACCACGACCUAAUUCACUCUAUCAACCAGGUAAUAUUUUACGACCAAUUAAUCCAAAUGGUAUUCCAACACCAUCUGGUGCUAUUAUGGGUACGGGUGGUCUUAUAUCACCUAAAUUAUCAACAACAUCACCUGUACCGAAUCAAGCACCCUACGUUCCAUUAACUGGUAAACAAAACAAUAUGCCAACACAAUCAUCUCAAACCCCAACACCACAACAACAGCAACAACAGCAACAGCAACAGCAGCAACAACAACAACAACAACAAGGAGGAUCAGGAAAUAUUAAUAAUGUUGCAGUACAUGCUCAGAUUAUGCAACAAUUUCGUCUUGCUGUACAAGCGGGUUUAAUUAGUCAAGAUUUGCUCAAUACUAAAUUACCACCAUUUAUGUUACAACUUCUCCAAAAAUUAUUUGAACUUCAACAAAAAUAUCAGUCAUUAUCCGUUCAGUUAUCUGAUUUUUCCAAACAUAAACAACGUUUUCCAAUAACUUUCUUCCAAACUGAAUACGAACGUUUAUCAAAAUUAAUUACACAAAAAAAACAAGAAAUGUUAAUUGUUCAAAAACAAAUUCAAGAUGCACAUGCAAAAUUAGUACAACAACAAUCAGGUGCACCUACACCAACACCAUCACAAAUGAUGUCUAAUGGUCCAGGAGCUCAAAGUCAAGCACCACCAGGUGCAUCAUCAACACAAUCUCAAGAUCAACUAGCUGAUCGUAUGCAAAAUACACUUAAUGUUGAUCAGUCACGUUUACAUCAAUGGACAAAACAACAAACAGGAACACGAGGACCACAAUCAUCAUCAUCAUCAAUGUUUGGACCACCAGGUAUAACACAAAGAGAUUGGCAAACAAGUGGACAUCAUUCAAAUGAUAAUUGGGAAAAUAAUCAAACAAAUGAAUCAAAUACUAAUAAUCAAGGUAGUAAUGUUGAUCCUCAUGCACAUAAUAAUCAAGCAUCAUCAGCAGCAUUUGGUGAUGCAUUAUCAGAGUUCGUUGAUGAUAUUGAGGGUCCACCACCAUUUGUACCUGGUCAAUUAUGGAAUUGGAAAUCAUCAUUACCAAAUGCAGAAGAUGAUCCACAUGUAACACCAAGUUCAUUACCAAUUGGUCCAAAAGGACCAUCAUCAUCAAUGGGUAAUCUCAAUGUUGGUGGGGCUGAUAGUGCCUUUUCAAAUCCUCAAUUACUUCAUCAUAUGCAACGUCAACAACAACAAACAAAUCGAUCACAAUGGCAACAAGGUUCCAUGCAUGAUCAACAAGGCUUUCAAUCAUCGAUGAACGACUGGGGUAAACCACAACAAUAUCGAGGUACAUCAAAACCACCACCAUCGCUCAAUCAUCCACCACCUCAUGCGUCUUUCGGCGGCUAUCGACCAUAUAUGUAG